GUCCGGAAGCUGUAGCUGUCACUGACGAAAACAUAAACACGAUAACAGGGGGGAGUACUUGAUAGAAAGUAGCGGAGCGAAACACAUGUGCUCUCCUAAACUUUGAAAAAUUGCAACAUCCAUUCAUUGACGGGCUCAAAGGAAAUAAUGUCAGUAUUGUUGUCAGUGCUAGUCGGUGUGCUAGCUGCAUACAUACUGAUUUAUUACAGCCUGUUUAAAGGAGCCAGAUUUAAGAGCAACGUGACGUUAAAAGGGAAAACCGCAAUUGUUACAGGGAGUAAUACAGGCAUUGGCAAAACCACAGCCUUGGAUCUGGCCAAGAGAGGGGCCCGAGUGAUCCUCGCCUGCAGAAACAAAGAAAAAGCUGAAGCCGCAGUUUAUGACAUAAGAAAGGAAAGUGGGAACCCUGAGGUACUCUACAUGCAUCUGGACCUGGCCAGUUUGAAAUCCGUACGUGAUUUUGCAGAGACUUUUCUGAAGAGUGAACCGAGACUCGAUUUGCUUAUUAACAAUGCAGGUCUUAUCGCAUCAGGCAGAACUGAAGAUGGUUUUGGCAUGGCGUUCGGCGUCAACCACCUGGGCCACUUUUUGCUGACGCUGUUGCUGUUGGAUCGUCUGAAACAGGCAGAGCACAGCCGCGUCAUCAACGUGUCCGCCCUGCUGCAUCGCCUGGGGUCCGUGGAUUUCAACCUCCUCAACACGCACAAGGAUCUGGUCACAGGUCAGUCGUCCUGGCACGCCUUCAGAGCCUACUGCCACAGCAAACUCUGCAAUGUGCUCUUUACCCGUGAGCUCGCAAACCGACUGGAGGGGACGAGCGUCACUUGCUAUUGCCUGCAUCCAGGCGUCAUCUCAACUGAGAUCGGUCGGAAUAUGGGUGUGCUGCAGAAGCUGCUUUUCCUGCCCAUGUCCAAGCUGUUUUUCAUGGACCCAGAGGGAGGUGCGCAGACCACGCUUUACUGUGCUUUGCAGGAGGGGCUCGAGCCUCUGAGUGGACGGUAUUUCUCUUCCUGUGCUCUGCAGAAUGUUAGCGCUCGCGGACGAGAUGAUGCCUUGGCCAAGAAGCUUUGGGAAGUGAGCGAGAGGCUGUGUGGCCUAUCGUGAGUGAAUUCACACAGGUUUGUAGAACAGUAUAACAGAAAAAGAGAGACCAACAGCAUUAUGAGCGUGAGCUUCUGAAGUUUUACAAGUGUUAUAGGUGUGUGCGUAGCUGAGGUGCCUUUUGUAUUUGGUAUAUAAUACUUUAUAAUAUAUUGUUGCUUUAAAUGAACACUGUAUAUUUAAAUUGGGGGUGCACUAGCGUAUUUCAAAAAGUCGUACUUUUUUUUUUUUUUUUUGUUAUGGCCCUAUAAAUGGAUGAAUUUAAAAUUCUAUAUUUCGUAUUCAAUAUUUUGUCUUAGAAGACUGGAGUAAUGAUGCUGAAAAUUUACCCUUGAUCACAGGAAUAAAUGACAUUUUAAUAUAUAUUCAAAUAGAAAGCAGUUAUUGUAAAUAGUAAAAAUAUUUCGCAAUAUGACUGCUUUUGCUGUAUUUUUGAUCAAAUAAAUGCAGGCUUGGUGAGCAGAAGAGACUGAAAGAAUCUUACUGUUCAAAAACUUUUAGUUAGUCAAUAACUAUUCUAAUAUGGUACUACUUCUAUAUUGUGCAUCCCUAUUUUAUAUAGCAGUCAUAUACAGUAUGCAUAGCUUGGGGAACAGUAACCAGUGCCUAUUAUUUUUGUUGAAAGUAUGUAGAGAAGUUGCGAUUUGUAUUCACUCCCUGGACACAAUGGACUUUGCAUAUUCCUUUGUAAUAAGGUUUUGUAUGGUAUAUUUUUUGUCAUUAUUGAUCUAUCUUUCUUUUUUUCAUAUAUUUCAUGUCUUUUUAUUUAGUUUCAUAUCUUUAUGUCCUUCUUUCAUAUAAACUGCCUUUCAAAAGUGGGGAUCAGUAAGAUUUUUAAUGUUUUUUAAAAAAGCCUCUUAUGCUCAUCAAAGUUCAUUUAUUUGGUCAAAAAUAUGGAAUUUAAUAAAAUAUUAUUGCAUUAUUGUUUUUAUAUAGAUUAAAAUAUAAUUUAUUUCUGUGAUGCAAAGUUGAAUUUUCAUCAGCUAUUACUGCAGUUUUCAGUGUUACAUGAUCCUUCAGAAAUCAUUUUAAUAUUCUGAUUUAUUAUCACUGUUAGAAACUGUUGUGCUACCUAAUUUUAUUUUAUUUUUUUUGCAACUUGUGAUACUUUUUUUCAGGAUUCUUUAAUGAGUAGAAAGUUAAAAAGAACAGCAUUUAUUCAAAAUAGAAAUUUUUCUAACAAUGUAAGUUCUUACUAUCACUUUUUAUCAAUUUAACACAUACGUGCUGAAUAAAAGUAUUAAUUUCUUUCAAAGAUAGAAAGAAAAUGAAUUUACCCCAAACUUGACUUGACCAGUAGUGUGUAUUGCUACAAAAGAUUUAGAUUUUAAAUAAAUGCUGUUCUUUUUAAACAUUUUAUUCAUCAAAGAAUCCUAAAAAAAAGUAUCACAGGUUCCAAAAAAACAACAACAAAAAAAUUAAUCAGCACAACUGUUUCAAACAUCGAUAAUAAAUCAGCAUAUUAGAAUGAUUUCUGAAGGAUCAUGUGACACUGUAGAAUGGAGUAAUGAUGCUGAAAAUUCAGCUUUGCAUCACAGGAAUAAAUUCUAUUUUAAAGCAUAUUAAAAUUGAAAACCAUUAUUUUAAAUUGCAAAAAUAUUUCACAAUACUACAGUUUUUAAUGAAAUAAACACAACCUUGAUGAGCAAAAAUACAUAAAUACUUUUAAAAAACAUCUCUAAAAAAAUCUUACUGAUCCCAAACUUGUGUAUGUCAGUCUAUAUAGAUAAAUAUCUCAUUGGUACACUUUAAUAAUAUUUCAUUAAGACAUAGUUCACUUGUUACUAUUUACUAUAUGUCUUUAUUACGUUUCCAUUUUUAUAAUCAGUUCCUUUGACAUAAAUGAAAAGCACUGCAUCCACCUUUUUCUUGAAACUCAUGACCAAUUCAAAUACCUCAUGUAUUUGAAAAUCAACAUCAUUUGAAGAAAUUAAAAAAGUAUAAAGUAUACAUUUCUGUUUAAGAAAA